GGGAGACCAGCCCUGGGGCGUUCUCUGUCUCCUUCCUCAGAGAUCUUUCAUCUGGAGAGAUCUGAAGUGGUGGAAGGGGCAGCGGUCAAGAAUGGAGACUGGCAGAUGGGAGGUCCUAAGUGAGAGAAUAGAAGAGGAAGAGGAGGAGGAGAAGAAGGAGGUGAAUGAAGCCGAGGAGGCCAUGAAGGGGGUCAUCUUGGGCAGGAAAGAGCUACAGGAGCUGGAGAAAGAACUGUCCCAGAUCGAAGUACAUAUCCCUGACGUUCCUCUGACCUUCACCAAGAGUUCCAUCGACACUUCUGAGCUGCCGCUGUCGUACAAGACCAACUCUCCCAAAGAGGAGCAGCUGCUGCAGGUGGCAGACAAUUUUUGCCGCCAGUAUGCUCACCUGUGUCCAGACCGCGAGCCCCUCUUCCUGCGUCCGCUCAACGAGUGUGACGUGGAGCAGAAGUUUGUGAGCACCACGGUCCGCCCAACACUGAUGCCCUACCCUGAGCUGUACAACUGGGAUAGCUGUGCGCGUUUCGUCUCGGACUACCUCACCAUGCUGCCCCUACCAUCCCCCCUCAAGCCGCCCAGCUACAUGUACUCACCCACCACCAUCCUGAAGCACCAGAAGGGGAACUGCUUCGACUUCAGCACGCUGCUCUGCUCCCUGCUCAUCGGGGCGGGCUACGAUGCCUAUUGUGUCAAUGGCUACAGCACCCGGGAGAUCUGCCUCAUGGACCUGUCCAGGGAGGUGUGUCCAUUGCUGAAGGUGCCCAAAGAGGUCCCUGAGGCAUCGGAGGCGGUUCAGCCCAGAAAGUAUUCCAUCAGACCUCCACGGGAUCUGCGCAGCAAGUUUGAACUCCAGCAGAUGGCCAAGAAUGAGGCCAAAAUCGCAGCGGCCCAAGAGAAGAAGCGGAAAGAGGAGUUGGAAAGGACUGUGGAAGAGGAGAAACCCCAGCCUGACUCAAUGCAUGGCCUACGUGUUCACGCCUGGGUCCUUGUCCUGUCGGGGAAGCGGGAGGUGCCCGAGAGCUUCUUCAUCGAUCCGUUCACGGCCAUCAGCUACAGCACCACGGAUGAACACUUCCUGGGGAUCGAAAGCCUCUGGAACCACAAAAACUACUGGGUCAACAUGCAGGACUGCUGGAACGGCUGCCAGGAUCUGGUCUUCGACCUGGGCGACCCGUUGCGCUGGGAAUUCCUGCUCUUGGGAACCGACAAGCCUCUCCUGUUGCUGUCUGACUUGGAGGAGGAAGAGGAUCUUGGAGAAGAUGACGUAGACAACUUGGACAAGGAAGAGGAGGAGAGAGGAUUCGACAUGCCGCACUCCUGGGUAGGGCCAAUUCAGAUAACACCAAAAGAGUUUGAGACCCGCUGCCCUCAGGGCAAGAAGGUGAUCCAGUAUAAGAAGGCCAAGCUGGAGAAGUGGGCACCCUACUUGAACAGCAACGGGCUGGUGUCCCGGCUGACCUCCUACGAGGACAUGGAGUGUUCCAAGGUGGUGGAGGUGAAGGAGUGGUACAAGAACCGAGAAGACAUGUUGGAGAUGAAACAAGUGAAUAAACUUACCGGGGUGAUAACGGAAUAUUUCAAACCUGGACGUAUUCAAGCUCUCCGAGUGCACACCUAUAAGACGAUGAUCCCCGAAACAGAGCGGACGAUGGAGUUCUACAGCGCAGCCAGAGUGGAUGGCCUUCUGAAACGGAUCGAGAACCCCUUGGAGAUCAUCGAGCACUAUGAGGGGCGGGCGGACUUCCUCUCCUACCGGCAUGUUGAGUUUGGCAAACGGAUCAAGAAGCUGGGCGGGAUCGUCACCACCGAGUCAAAUGCCCGGCCUGUGAUGAAAAUAACUGAGCGAUUCUACCGCAACCCUGAAAAGUCAGCCAACGAUGACGUGGCCGAGCGGGUCUUCCUAGUCUCUGAGGAGAGGAUCCAACUCAAGUACCAUCGCAACGAUGACUAUAUCACCGCCUCCAAACGGGAGUUCAUUAAACGGGCUGAGGUGGAUAACAAGGGGAACAAGAUUAUCAUGACUCCAGAUAUGUGCAUCAGCUAUGAGGUAGAGCCCAGGGAGCGGGCCAACAGCCUCCUCUACCAAUAUGAGAUGAUGAUGAGGUUAGUGGAUGAAGAGAAGAUUGUGAAACAUCAAGUCUGGGAGUCUGAAAUAGAGGUUCUGGAUAUCCUCAAGCUCCGGGAGGAGGAGGUGGCCGCUCACACCCUGGUUGUCUCCAUUUAUGACACUGAAAGGAAUGAGAAAAGCAAAGAGCAGAGGGAAGCUAUGGAGCGUCUUCAGCAUGAAGAACACCAGCGCCAGGUCGAGAUGGAUAUGGAUUACCUGGCCCCCUUCCUGAUGCAGCUACCCCCUGGGGAGAAGAUGACCCGCUGGCAGGUUCUGCGCCUGAAGGAGAACUGCCUCAAUGACUUCAAGCAGCGGCUCAUAGACAAGGCCAACCUCAUCCAGGCCCGCUUUGAAAAGGAGACCAAAGAGUUGCAGAAGAAGCAGCAGUGGUACCAGGAGAACCAGGUGACCAUGACAGUGGAGGAUGAGGAUGCCUACCUCUCUUACUGUUCGGAAGUCAUGUUUCGCAUCCGCAUCCUAGAGCUCCGUCUCAACAGGCACAAGGAACAGGCCCCACAGAAAUACCUGGCCCUGGAAGAGAAGCUCUUCAAGGACCCACGCCUGGGUGAUUACCUGAAGGUCUUUUCCUGACAUCCUCCUUGUUCACCGAUGAGACCCAGCCAACACGGACCAACAAUCCCUUUCUGUCGUGGCCGAACCAACCCACAUCCCGGAGGAGACCGCGGGGCUAGGGGGUUGUGGGGAGGCGCUUCCCUCUGCCUCCCGACAUCUAAUGAACUUCUAGAUCCAAUCCAUCAGCCUCACCUUCCUAGCACAGAAUCCAUGCCAAGGCCCAGAGACAGAGGACUCUGCCACAGUCCAUAUUUAAUGCACUGUUUCUACCCAACCGUUAUUUUAC